GUUAAUGGACGAAUAUAGUGAGUUUGAAGAAUUGGGAGACAAUGCUGCUCGAGACAACAAGAAGACCCGCAUCAAUCCACAACACUUACAACUUGAAGAGGAAGAAGAAGAAGAGGUCAGGAUAAUAAUUAUAUAUUUUAUUAAAAAGUCUAAAUGUUUUAAAUUUAAGUAUUUUGUUGAAAGCAUUUUGGAAAGAAAAAUUGAAAAUGGUCGUGAAGAGUUUUUAGUAAAAUGGGAGGGGUACUCGGAUGAAUCAAGUAAAAAUUUUUUAAUUUAUAACAUAACUGGCCCUUGUCCAUUUUAUGCAUCCGAAGUUAGUUCCACUUUCCAAACAUUUUGUAUCAAAAAAAAACUUAUGGGACGCUUAAUCUGGAUAAGAGCCAAAAAUUUUUAGAUACCUGGGAACCACGUAGCAGCAUUAAACAUCUUGAGGUCUUUAAAGUUUUUGAGAAAGAACACAAAAAACAACGCUCCUCGACAAAAAAAGUUAAAAAUGGUAAAGAAGAAAAAGGAGGUGCAGAUCUAAUUAAAAAAUGGGAAAAGUUCUUUGAAGCAUGCUGUGAUCUACCUACAAAAUUGAGGAAAAAGUAUGCUUCUACAUUUGUCAAGCAAAGAAUACAGCCCAAUUUGCUACGUGAUUUG